GACGCGUAUACGCGCGUACCCUCACCCGUGCGUCAUGACCGCAGCCGAGAAGAGCGGCGCUCUCCAAGGCGGAGGUGGGAAGAGUGUUUCCCGGGGACUGGAAGUUUGGACAUGCGUCCGAGGAGAUGGGAUGUCAGCUUUUUAACGCGUUAUUGGAGACGUCAGGGAAAAUUGGUUUAAAAAGAUGCACUGUUGGAAUCCAUGGAGAGAUGGCAUGUGCGCUCCUCUUCAGUCGCCGGUGUACAAAAACAGCAGUGUGCGUCCUGUCCGUUUUCCUCUCCUACGUGGGAUACUGCGCCCUAUUCCACGCGGAUCCACUCAUAUUAGGGGAUCCAGUGCCCAGCUGCAACCAGGCUGAUGGUGGCUCCCGGCGUCUGCGCCUCUCAUGCGCCUCUUCUUCCUCUCCUUCUUCGCCUCCGUCCGGUGCGGCCGAGAGGCCACCUUCUGCGCUCCUCCGCGCCAAGAGCGACACGCCCAGCCCGCCCGUCAGCCACCCAAAGUUUGGGAAUAAGAAGUUGCCGAACGCUAUCAUAGUUGGCGUGAAGAAGGGUGGCACCAGGGCGGUUCUGGAGUUCAUACGGAUCCAUCCGGACGUAAGGGCUGCCGGUACCGAGACGCACUUUUUUGACCGGAACUAUAACAGAGGACUGGAGUGGUACAGAGGUUUGAUGCCAAGGACUCUUGACGGCCAAAUCACAAUGGAGAAGACUCCAAGCUACUUUGUCACAAAAGAGACGCCACACCGAAUCGCCGCAAUGUCCCGAAAUGCCAAACUCAUCGUGGUCGUGCGAGACCCCGUCACCCGAGCCAUAUCCGACUACACACAGACUUUAUCCAAAUCUCCUGAUCUGCCCAGCUUCCAGGAGCUCGCCUUCCGCAACCAGAGCACAGGCUCGGUGGACACAUCCUGGAAUGCCAUUCGCAUCGGCCUCUACGCCCUUCACCUGGAGAACUGGCUGCGCUACUUCCCUCUGGAUCAUAUCCACUUUGUCAGCGGUGAACGGCUCAUUACGGAUCCCUCCGGCGAGCUGGCGCGGGUGCAGGACUUCCUGGGGCUCAAGCGCAUCGUCACGGACAAGCACUUCUACUUCAACCGCACCAAAGGCUUCCCGUGCCUCAAGAAGCCAGAAAGCAGCGGCUCGCCGCGCUGCCUGGGAAAGUCCAAAGGCAGGACUCACGUGCAGAUCGACCGGGACGCCAUUGAGCAGCUGCGAGACUUCUACAGACCAUUUAACGUCAAGUUCUAUGAAAUGGUGGGUCAUGAUUUCAAGUGGGAGUAAAGACUGAGGAUUUAUUUUCAAAUGGGAUCUAUUCUGCAAAUUCAGUACGAGCCACUGGAGAGACACUAUUGAGCAAAGAUUUGAGAUGAGCAGGCAUCACCUCAUUGUCACGAUUUUGUGUUACUUUACAUUCAUACAGACUCGAUUUAUGAACAAAAGAAAGUACUUUAAAAUGAGUUCCUAUUAGGAAUUGGAGAGCAUUUUAAAAGUAAGACCUUGGAAAAUAUCACAGAAGUUUUCAGGGAGCGCUGCAGUGGACAUAAUGUAACAUGGAACUACUUUAUCACAUUUUCUGCAACGCAAAAAAGCAUUAUUAAUUGAUUGAGUCGAUUGACUGGCAUUAAUUAGAGUGCAGUGCUCAGCUGUAACCAGCAGAGGCGCUGUGGACUUAGUUCCGACUAAAAAAAACAACAUGACAUCAGCUACUGGAAGUUGGGCUACAGUAACACUUUCAGGUGUCAUUUACUCUGCUCAAGACCACACUGUCAUGGAAACAGGAGUUCAGAAUUUUCACAGAGAUGUACUCCCAUCAAAAAAGAAUGUAAUGAUUGUUUUUUGUUCGUUUUUUUAUGAGCCCCCAUAAUUUAACAAGGAAAUGCCCAUUAAUAAGACAUAUACUAUCUGAAGAACUUCUCAUGAGUUGGAU